AUGGCGUCGGCUAUUUUCUUUUUAGACUUAAAGGGCAAGGCCCUUCUUGCCCGAAACUACCGUGGUGACAUUCCCAUGUCUGCCGUUGAGAAAUUCCCUAUCCUCCUGAGUGAAGCUGAAGAAGAAAGCUCAGCCGUACCUCCUUGCUUUUCGCACGAGGGCAUCAACUAUCUGUAUAUCCGCCAUAAUAAUCUCUACCUUCUAGCGUUAACGAAACGAAACACCAAUGCAACCGAAAUUCUCCUUUUCCUUCACAAGAUCGUCGAAGUCUUUACCGAGUAUUUCAAAGAGUUGGAGGAAGAGAGUAUUCGGGAUAACUUUGUCGUCAUCUAUGAAUUGUUGGACGAGAUGAUGGACUUUGGUUACCCCCAGACUACAGAAACCAAGAUUCUACAAGAAUAUAUCACGCAAGAGUCACAUAAGUUGGAGGUUCAGGCCCGACCACCCAUCGCCGUUACAAAUGCAGUCUCUUGGAGAAGCGAAGGUAUCCGCUAUCGAAAGAACGAAGUAUUCCUAGACGUUAUCGAGUCACUCAACCUCCUGGUCUCGGCAAACGGCAAUGUUCUGCGCUCGGAAAUCCUAGGAGCUAUCAAAAUGAAGUGCUACCUCAGUGGUAUGCCCGAAUUGCGUUUGGGUCUCAACGACAAAGCCAUGUUUGAAACCACAGGACGAGCGACUCGAGGCAAAGCAGUGGAGAUGGAAGACGUCAAGUUCCACCAGUGUGUUCGUCUGUCACGAUUCGAGAAUGAUCGCACAAUCAGCUUUAUUCCGCCGGACGGAGAGUUUGAGUUGAUGAGCUAUCGUCUUAACACGCAGGUAAAGCCUUUGAUUUGGGUGGAGUGUGUGGUAGAGUCUCAUUCUGGUUCCAGAAUUGAGUAUAUGCUCAAGGCAAAGGCUCAAUUCAAACGCCGCAGCACAGCCAAUAACGUCGAAAUUCUGGUCCCAGUCCCCGAGGACGCAGAUUCACCGCGUUUCCGCACCAACAUAGGAUCAGUCCACUACGCACCUGAAAAGUCCGCUAUUAUCUGGAAAAUCAAACAAUUCGGUGGCGGCAAGGAGUUCCUUAUGCGCGCUGAGCUCGGUCUACCUUCUGUAAAAGGCGAUGAUGAGCACGGCGGAGGCAUGACCGGUGGAUUUGGAGGCAGUAUGGGAGGAGCAGGCCAAACUGGAAAGGGGAAGCGUCCUAUAAACGUCAAGUUUGAGAUACCCUACUUUACGACGAGUGGUAUACAGGUGCGAUAUUUGAAGAUUAUUGAGCCGAAGUUACAAUACCCAUCUCUUCCCUGGGUACGAUACAUUACGCAGUCAGGCGACAUUGCAGUCCGUCUACCCGAUGUACAAUGA